AGCACGCAGAUCCUCUCGGUCAGCAACAUUGGGCGGUCAGUGCUGCUUCCUGCUGGUGUGCUAUGAAGCACCUCAUACAGAGUUAUUAGAGACAUGUAUCACUCUCGCACCCUCAGUAAACUGUGAGCGGACUUGGCUGAGAGGACACUGCCAGAAUGUUCAAGUUUAAGGGAAGGAGGCGAAGCCUCUUCCCAAAUUACAAACUUGGGGGCACAAACCUCUGUGCCAGUGAUCCUAUAGUGGAGGAUGAGCUUCCUUUCGCCCAGCAAAACUGGCUGAAGCCUUGGAAUUCCAUGCAGGAACUCAGCAGGGACAUCUAUGACAUCUACGAAGAAUACGAAAAUGACGAAGAUGACCGAAUGAUGUCCACACCGCAAAAGCUUUUGUCUCCGCUUAAGAACUACAUGUUGAAUAUUAAUGUGGGCGGCAAAGUUUACCAAAUCUCUUACAGGGUGGCAGCGAAAUACCCCAAGACUAGAAUAGGCCGUCUUGCGACAUACACGGACCACAACAGAAAGCUUGACCUCUGCGACGACUACAUUGUCCAGAACAACGAGUUCUUCUUUGACCGGGAUCCAGACAUCUUCCACAACAUCUUCAAUUUCUACCGGACCGGGGUUCUCUGGAUAAAAGACGAGCUGUGUCCUCGCAACUUCUUGGAGGAGAUCAACUACUGGGGCGUCCGAAUUAAGAACACCCACCGGUGCUGCCGUAUCUCCUUUGAGGAGCGGCAGGAUGAGCUGAAUGAGCAGCUUAAGGUUCAGCGAGAGCUGCAGGCCGAGAUUGAGGUGGAGGAAAAUGAGGAGCUCUUCAGAGGGAUGGCUUUUGGAUAUAUCCGGCGCAAGAUCUGGAACCUCAUGGAGAAACCUUUCUCCUCAAUUACAGCCAAACUCAUGGCUGUGGCUUCCAGCCUCUUUGUGCUGGUCUCACUGGUGGCCAUGACACUCAACACAGUAGAGGAGAUGCAGUACAAAACUCCUACCGGACAGCUUAGUGGAAAGACCUAUGCAGAGCAUGUGGAGACCUUCUGCAUUGCGUUCUUUACCAUGGAGUACCUGCUUCGGCUUGUGUCCACACCGGACCUCAAGAGCUUUGGGAGGAGCGUGCUGAACGGAGUGGACUUGAUCGCUAUCCUCCCCCUCUACCUGCAAAUGAUUUUGGAGUGCUUUGAGGAUGAGGACUAUCAGAGGCACCACAGCGACAUUGAGACGGUGGGAAGGGUGGGCAAAGUGGGACAGGUGCUGCGGAUCAUGCGUCUAAUGAGGAUCUUCCGCAUCCUGAAGCUGGCCCGGCACUCCACAGGACUGCGAGCCUUCGGCUUCACGCUCCGCCAGUGCUACCAGCAAGUUGGAUGCCUUUUCCUCUUCAUUGCAAUGGGAAUUUUCACCUUUUCUGCUAUGGUUUACACAGUAGAGCAUGAUGUCCAAAAAACUAACUUCACCAGCAUACCUCACGCGUGGUGGUGGGCAGCUGUGAGUAUCUCCACUGUGGGUUAUGGGGACAUGUUCCCAGAGACUCACUUGGGCAGGAUUUUUGCAUUCGCCUGCAUCUCAUUUGGGAUCAUUCUGAACGGCAUGCCCAUCUCCAUCUUAUACAACAAGUUCUCCGACUAUUAUUCCAAGCUGAAAUCCCAUGAGUACACCUCCAGCUUGAAGGCUCGUGGCAAAGUGAGGUUUGCCAAAAGAGCUGCCAAGAAGCUUGCAGAGUGCUGCGAGAAGCCAUACACUACCGUUCCAGAACCCCUCCACUGUGAAUAAUGUUUGACCUGUGAUAUGUACUGGAGGUCUUCUCCUAAAACGUCAACCCCACAUAAACCUAUACUUUUGGAAAGAUGAAAAGCAUUGAUCCCACAGGGAGGUGAAUAAAAUAUUGAAAGGGCAUGAUCUGAAAGUGGCUAAAUGGUAACUCAAAAGAUGCAGGAACUCCUUUAUAAUUCCUUAUUUCACUCUGUCACUUGCAGGUCCUACAUAUUAGAAUUUGCUUUGAAACUACUUUUUUAGUAUUCAACAGCUCUUUUAUUUCUUUAGAAUGCUUCAGACUAAGGCUGUUUUCUAACAUAUGCUUCUAAUGCACCUAUUUGUACACUUGGGCAAUUUUGCUAGACUGAGAUAUUUUCAAUAAAAUCUGUAUUUUUGUAAAA